AAAGAAAGACACAUAGCUGUGAACAGUUGGAGAGUGCAACUAUAACUCAGUGAAGAGAAGCGUAAAAUUUGAUUGAAAACAGUAUAAAUAUAUUUUGCUGCAAACAGGUGUAUAUUUCUUUGAAUAAAAUUAUCCAAGUCAAAAAUGACUACCGCAGCGAGGCCAACAUUCGAACCAGCCCGUGGAGGACAAGGACGUGGUGAAAAAGAUUUGAGUGCUAUAUCAAAACAAUAUAGUAGUCGCGAUUUACCUUCGCAUACAAAGUUAAAAUAUCGUGAACAUGGUCAGGGAACUAUUGAGGAACUGCGCAACCGUGAUUUCCGUAAGGAAUUGGAAGAGCGUGAGCGAGAGAAGGACAAAUCCUCUAAUAGGCGCAUGAUUGAAAUCGCCAGAGAAGCUUUGCCACCUAGUUCCAAGAGACAGAAAUUGGAUCAAGUUCCUGCCGCUAGCUUGGAUGCUGAUGAUCCUCUUGACGAAGAUGAAUCAGAUUCAGACAGUGAAGAUGAUGAUAGUGCUGCAAUCUUUGCGGAGCUAGAAAGAAUCAAGAAAGAACGAGCAGCAGAUCAAGCAAAAAGAGACAUGGAAAAGAAACAAGAAGAGGAAAGAAUAAGGAUGGAGAAUAUUCUCUCUGGAAAUCCUUUACUGAAUUAUUCUUCCCAGACUACUCGCACUGACAUGAAGGUCAGAAGAAGAUGGGAUGAUGACGUUGUCUUCAAGAACUGUGCGCGUUCUGAGCCAAAGAAGAAGCAGGAUGUCUUUAUAAACGACUCUCUGAGAAGCGAGUUUCAUCGUAAAUUUAUGGAAAAAUAUGUGAAGUAAAAACUGACAUUAACAAUACGAAUGACAGAAUACUAUUCUUAAACAGAAUAACAUUGAUCUAUUGUGUCAUGUAUGACAAUGCUAUUCCUGAUCUUUGUAAAUAAUCUUAAAUACUUUUUAUUUUAUCAUAAGAAUGAACUCUUAACGUUCCCAGUUAAAUAGAAUGCCAUUCUUACAUUCAAGUCACCAUGCAUCCUUUCCAAUACUAUCCAGCUACGAACAAGGUUUGAAGUCAUUGUUUAUUAUACUCUCAAUUAAUCUACCCUAAAGGAAUGCGCCUAUCUUAUAGAGAGGUCAGUUAAAUGUUUUUCACAUUGAAAAAAUCCUCGAGGGGGCUCGUCUGUUUAUUUGUCCUUUUCAAGUGGGCAAACUUGCCUCUCGUUUGAUUAUAUUUGUACAGGAUCCUCACAUACUAUUAACAGCUUGCUGUUAACUUCCCUCAAGAAGUCCCUACACCCUUUGAAGGCUUUGACUCUUCCUGUUAUAUUCUGUAUGAAUAAAACGAUGAAUGAACCCUUGGGAUCAUUCACACGGCUCCUUACAAGCGAUAAGAAUAUUUUAUUCAUUACGUAAUAAUCUAUCUCUAUUCGUCUAAUGAAAAAUGAAUAUCCAUUAACAAACUGAUAACCCAAAAAAUUCCAUUCUUAUUACAUACAUAACUUGUAAAUACUGGAUGAAGAAAUAUAGAAGAAUUUAAUA